AUGGGUUUAGAAGGAGAGGGUAAGACCUUGAGCAGUGAGAAAAGUGAAGGAUUGGAAGGAGCUAAAGCAGAUGGUGGUGAGGAACUAGAGGUGCAAGGGGGAGGACGAGCUGAAGAAGGAGAGGAGAGGGAUGGAAGGCGGAAGUCUUGCGGCAUCGAGGGUAGAGGAAGGUUGGAAUACAAAGGAGGAGGAGAAGAGGUGGCUGGUGCUGGCAGAUUUGGAGAUGGUGGGAGGAGGGUGGUGGAAGAGGGCAUGGGAGGUGAACGAGAGGGAGGGGAGGCUGGGUCUGAGAGGGAAGGGGGUGUAGGAGGAGGCGGAGAGGAUGAUAUGGGUGGUGGAGAUGACGAUGGAGGUUCUCGAGGGUCGUCGAAAGGUGGCGAAGAGGGCUCCAUGAAGCACCCCCCUCACUUCCCCGUUUCCCAUCUUCCCCUCCCACCCCCUGUUUCCCAUCUCCCCUCCCCCCUCCCCCACUUCCCCUACUCCAUCCCUGCUCUCUUUCUAAUAUGCACGUGCAUCAUCUCUCCUGUCCUCCCGUCCCACCACCUUCCCUUCCCCCCGGCACCCCAACAGCACGCGCAAAGUGCUAACACGUCCAUAGGCAUUGACGGCGACACAGGUGCCCUCACACGCACGCAUUCUCAGCACGCGCAAGGCACCAACACGUCCAUAGGCAUUGACAGUGACACGGGUGCCCUCACAGACAUGAAGGAGCUGGGGGUGAGUGGUGGGGAGUGGUGGGGAGUGGUGAGGGAGAUUGUUGGGGAAGUCUGUGUGGCGCCGUAUGCAGUGAAGGUGCAGACAGUGAAAACAGUCAUCGAGGCAGCGUGCAUGCUGCUGGGCAUCGAUGACAUUGUCAGCGGGCUCAAGAAGAAGCAGGCGGGCGGCAUGUGUGUGGUGUGGGAGCCGUAUGUGGUGAAGGUGCAGACGGUAAAGACGGCCAUCGAGGCGGCGUGCAUGUUGCUGCGCAUCAACGACAUUGUCAGCGGGCUCAAGAAGAAGCAAGCGGGCGGCGCACCAGGAGGGGGCAAGCCGCAGCUAGACACGGGGGAUGACGUUGACUCGGUGCAGAUGCUGGCCGAGUGA